AUGUCGAAGCCCGAUAUUUGGAAUGAUAUAAGUGAAACGAUUGUACUUGGGCCAGAAUUUAUCGAGGACACCGUGAAGCAAGUCAGGUUAAUUCAGGAAAAGAUAAGAGCCGCCCAAGAUCGACAGAAAAGCUAUGCCGAUUUGAAGAGGAGGGAUGAGGAGUACGAGGUUGGAGAAAGCGUCUUACUCAAAGUUUCUCCGACAAAAGGGGUAAUGAGGUUUGGAAAGAGAGGCAAGCUAAGCCCAAAGUACAUUGGACCCUAUAAAAUUUUGACCAGGGUUGGCAAGGUGGCUUAUCGUUUAGAGUUACCUAAUGAGUUAAGCAAGGUACAUAAUGUCUUUCAUGUGUCACAAUUGAGGAAGUAUAUUGCAGAUUCUUCUCAUGUGUUGCAACCUGAAUCUAUCGAAUUGGAUGAGACCUUAACCUAUGAGGAAAGAUCGAUUAAGAUCCUAGAUAGCAAAGCCUAUAGUACUAGAAACAAGGAUGUAAAGUUAUUGAAAGUUCUUUGGUCCAAUCACAAAACCGAGGAAGCGACUUGGGAGGCUGAGGACGAAAUGCGUAGAAAGUACCCAGAGUUGUUCAUUGAGGUUAGUAGAGUUACGGGGGCGUAA